AUGCGAUGCGCGAGCAAGGCCGCCGAGAGCGCGUCCGCACGUCUCUGCGCUGGUCAUGAAGACGCUCAUGUCUUCACAGAGUAUGAGCUCGGUGUCUCAUACUCUCCUGAUACGGAAGACGGAUGCGUAUCGACGGCGAUCGAAUCCAAGCCGCCUGCCAAGCGUGGCAUGGAUGAUGCUAUUCGUCGUAGCAUCUUUGGUUCAUCUGAUGAAUCAGAUGAACCAUCGCCGAAGCGAAGGCGCUCGAGGUCGCGAGACUCGGGCGCUAUCAGUGGUGUCGGUUCUCCUAUUGACACCACUUCGCAACGAGGUGCCAGUACUUCUGUCGGCACGUCGCAGGAAGAGCGGGACCGCAGUGUCUUGCGUCUCGCUCCUGAGAAGAAGGCAUGGAUGCCUCCAAAAUCCGUCAUGGAUCACUUGUCGGCGACGACGAGUGAUCGUUAUCGAACACGAUUGUUCGAUUCGUCAAGGAUCCAUCACCUUGACCCCAGUGCGAAAAACUAUCGCGCUGAGAACGAUUUCUUCAUCGAAGCUUUCUUUAAACAUCGAUGGUACAGUGGGAAUCACAAACGUGAUGGUCCCUCACUGCUUCAAGCGUGA